AGUGUGUGUGAGAGAGAGAAAGAAAUCACAUGUUUCCGGCACCUUUGGAUUUGAAAAUUUGAAAGCUGAUCUGUCGUCCUGUUCUGCUUGAUGAAGACUUGAAGUUGAUUGGCUGGCUAUUGAUUUUAAUUGGGAUUUCCACCCGUUGUUUGAACUGAAAUUCUUCAAAGGCCCUAGCCCACCAAUCCAGAUUCAAAUUUUCCAAUCAAUUAGGUUCAACUACUCUCAAAGAUCAUAGAUCAUACAUACCCAAAGAAGAAAACAGUGUUCUUGAAGAAUAUUAUCCUUUCUAUCUGCGCUUUAACAUUUUAAACUAUUUCGUUGGGGGGUUUUGUAUGUUGAGUUGUCUGAUUCAGUCGAGACAAUGAUAAUGCCCAAUUGGGAACUCAAGAACUGCUGCCAACACGAUCAGACUGUAUUUCUCAUCACCAUCGGCGUCUAUACUCUAGUUAUACUUCUGCUAUGGAGGACAUUCCUUUUGACACCAUUCAAGCUCAUUACCGUCUUUCUACAUGAAGCGAGCCAUGCGAUUGCUUGUAUUCUUACAUGUGGUCAUGUUGAGGGUAUUCAAGUUCAUGCAAACGAGGGUGGGGUAACACAGACACGUGGUGGGGUGUAUUGGGUGAUCUUACCUGCUGGAUAUCUUGGAUCAUCAUUCUGGGGAAUGGUCUUUAUUCUUGCAUCCACAACUCUUCUGACCACCAGAAUUGCUGCUGGUUGCUUUGCUAUUGCAUUGCUUAUUGUGCUAUUUGUUGCUAAAAAUUGGACCCUUAGAGGACUUUGCAUAGGAUUUAUCAUUUUCCUUGCUGUUAUUUGGCUUUUGCAAGAGUACACUAAAGUUAAAAUUCUUCGGUACAUCAUUCUAUUCAUCGGUGUAAUGAACAGCUUGUUUUCUAUUUAUGAUAUUUACGAUGACUUGAUAUCUCGAAGAGUCAACUCAAGCGAUGCUGAGAAGUUUGCAGAACUGUGUCCAUGCCCUUGCAAUGGUGCUGCAUGGGGAGUUAUAUGGGGAAUGAUCACUUUAAUAUUUCUCGCUGGAGCCAUUUAUCUUGGACUUGUCAUUUUGUCUUAAGAAUCACCGUCGAUGUCGAUUGUACUUGAUCCAACAUGGUCAUAAAUUUAUCGAAUUCGAAGAAACACGACAGUGAUUUCAGGAUGUAUUUGAUCCAGUUUGUUCAAAAAUUAUUCGUGUAAACUAAUCUCUUCAUUCUUCUAACCCAUUACACACGAUAUUUUGCCCUUUUUUUCUUAUGGAAUUAAAACAUUCGAAUUCAUCUGUCACACCAUCAAAAUCCAAACGGUACCUACUCCAUGUGAAGUUUCCUUAUUGAUUUGUCCAUAUAUAUUCAAUCCAAUUGGUGAAAAUGACUAAAGAAACCCUCUCUUUCCCAUAUUCAGUA